AUGGAUGAACAAGUAGAUCAAAUUAUGGACCGCAUUCGUCAACGACAAUCGCAGCUCAUUGGCGAAACCAAAGAGAAUGAAGAUGUUAUUCCUGAAGUGCGGAAAAACGAGCAAGUUCCACAAUCGCCAACAAAAGUGUUUGGAGUGUCCAAGACAAAUAUAAAUGAGGAACCCAGAACUCCGGGAUUAUUUAAACCUGCCGAACCGAAGGAUGACUCGCCUCCAAAAUCGGCCGCAAUUCCGGCUCCCGAGCAAACGUCGACGCGAAAAGCGCGAUUCUCUCAGCUCGCCCAAGAGCUCGACAAUUUCGAAUGCGACUUCCAGACUCACUAUAAUAAGCCCAAAGAAGCCUACAUGAAGGGCCGAUCGCCGCGAUUGAGCAUCGGCGAGACGCGGCCAUCCGUUUUGUGCACACCAGCGGGCGCCGCCGCGUUGCGCACCGGCAAAACGCCGCCAUCGUCGAAAUCCUCGUCGAACGUCGCUGCUUCGUCUCCGCCAAAGGUGAGCCCCAAUAAGAGUGUUUCGAUGGAAAUCGUGCGGCACGCCGAAUUCGAGGAUCGCCGCAUCAAAUUUGCACAUCCCCUUGUUAAUGUGAACUACCUUACUAACGAAUCGGCCUCUGGCUCAUCUGUAAAUGAUACUGUAAGCACGGUGCUCGGCGGCUCCAGCGAAAUGAUGAAUGUGACGACGUCGUCGCUGUCGUGCGAUUUUUCGAUUGAUCGAAGACUCACAAUUGAGAACACCAUUAUUAACAGCCAAACAUGCGAUAAUCGAGAUGAAAUUCUGCGACAAAAGGUCGGCGAGAUGCCGAACGCGUCAUCGGAUUAUGGCGCGCACACAUUUAUGAGAGCGAAGCCGAGAACUACGACGACGGUCGUCGAGCCGAACGAGACGCUAACUGAAUUGCCGAAGGUGUCGAUGGUGGUGGGAACACCGAAGCCGUUCUCGCGCGAGACAAUCCAUUCGAAAUACUCGCCGGUUCACUUUAAUCCCAAAAGCACCUCAUCGCCGAAACUCAACGAAUCGACGAUGGCGUUGUCGCCGGCGAAAUCGGCGGCGUUGGAGAGCGCACGCGCCAAAACGAUUCGAGAUCAAUUUGAGCAAAAGGUCAAGGAAUCGCAAGCGCCGGCACCAGCUCCUGCACCUAUUCCGACUCCAAGACACCCAAUUGGCGCCACACCUCAUCACCAUGUUGCGCCUCAUCAGAAGACGUUGUUUCAACCUGAACGUGAGAAAGAUGACGUUCAUACUCCCACCUUACCCGGUGGAGUGCAGACGCAAUGGCGUGGGCAGCACAACACCCCUGUUGUUAAAGGAGCGCGAGCUGAAGAGCCCACCGUUACCGACAUUGUUGGUCCGGGACAAUCGAAACUGAAGAAUUUGCGGUCUCGCUGGGAAUUUUCGUCGGCGACGGGCACCCCGAUUCAUCCCGAUGCCACCGAAGAUUCGCUGAUCGCCGCCGCCAUCAAGAUGAAGGAGACGGCGUUGCCGAAGAAGAUCGCGACGCGACGCGGCAACUCGCAAUCGUCGGUGCCGCAAGUUCGAUCGGUGACCGCGUCACCAGCUGCGAAGAAUCAGCGAUACGACGAUGAGGUGCUCGAAGACGACGUGUUCGAGGAUGAUGUUCCAGAAUCGAAUCAGGAGUACGAUCCAGUGUGCGGUGACGAGGGCGAGAUUUCGGGAGAUGAGCUCGCCUCGACGGACGCCUCGCGAAUAAUUGAUCAGGCGUUUGAUUUCAUGGAACGCGGUGGAUCCAAGAUGGGAACCCCUAGUCCAUAUCGACCAUCUCUUGACGGAAGCGCUCCUAUUGCCCAAUCGGAGGAUAUUUCGCUGCGAAAACGCGUUGUUGCUGAGAUUAUUGAGGAAGAAGACGUGCCAAUGGGAGAUGACGACGAAGAGGAGGAAGAGGUUGAGCGGACUAUUGAGACUACCACCACAAGCGCCACCAUUCGCGAGGAAUCGCACAUUGAGAGGGAAUGGAACGAGCGGAAGAAUGAAUCCCGAUUGCCGUACUCUGUCUCGUUCUAUAGAAAGAUUCAGAAGGAGCGGGUGGCUACUGUCGAGACGCCGAAGCCCGUCGAGCCAUCGGCUCCGAUGCCGUUGACAUCGGCGCAUGUUCUUAAACAGCUCACCAGUGGUGCUGGCGAGUCGUCAAGCUCAUCACCGCUUCAUCGCGAGUUUGAGGAUGUUGAGAGCUUGAAGAAGCGCUUGAGAAACGCGAUCAAGGUCGAGGAGGAGCAUAUCUCGCAGUCGAGACGCGCGUUGACGUUGUGCCGGCAGACGGACGCGUUCCGAGGAUCGAGAGAGGAGAUUGAGAUGCAGCGAGCGCUUCUGAUUGCGAUUGAACGUCAGAGAGCACUUCUCGGCGAGUAUGAGCGAGUGCAGAGGGAUGGACCGCGAAUAAUCGAGGGACCGCGUGGUGACGUCACGCUAUCUCAACUUCAAGUGAAUCUUUCGCGCGAUUUUGUUCAAAUGAAUAUUGCCAGUGCUCGAAAAUCACCCGAAGUUUACUAUUUCGUCGCUGUCCUCAAAUGGGGCGAACAAGUGGAAGUGUCGAAGUUGGUGCCGAGCGACGCGGCGAUGAAUCGAAAAGGCGCGCUCGAUUUUCCGAUGCCGCUUCAACUCAAAUCGAUUCCACCGGACUUCAAGGCGAUUGUCGAGAUUUAUGGGCAACGAACGCAGCGAGAGUGCAUUUCGCACGAGGACAAGUACAAGCUUAAAGGAGCCACACUGAAAUCGAAGGUGAGUUUUGCUCAUCGAGCGCUUUCGAAGGGUGCUGAGAAUCAGAGUAUGUACAUUCCGCCGUCGUCGUCAUCGUCGACGGUCGGCUCAUGCUUCAACAUGCUGGGAUCAUUCACGUUCGACAUCAACACGCCGAGCAAGAAGGCGAUCGAGAUGUGCCAUCCGAUUCAUCCGCUCGACGGCGCUGCCAUGAUCAAGCUGAAGAAGCGCGCUGUCGAAGGCGUCGAUAUUGUGCACAAAGGAUUCCUGUCGAUGUACCAACGAACGCGAGAAGGAUUGGGAUCGUGGACGAGGUAUUGGUGUGUUCUCGACGGCGGCGAGAUGAAGUUCUGGAGGCAUCCUGAAGACGAGGGACAAAAGAAUUGGCUGGUGCUAUUGGAUCUUGCCACGUGUAUUCGAUCCGACGGCGCGUCUACCGUCUCCGACAUUUGUCCCUAUCCGAACAGCUUCCAUAUUGAUGUUUGGGUGCCGAAAGAGGAUGCGGCGGUUCGUCCAGACGCCACGCUGAGCUCACCGAACGACAUUGAGCAAUUGAGAGUAAUGCUCGCCGCUGAUACGCCAGCCGAUUUGACGUCAUGGCUAUCGGUUAUUAAUUCGUCGUCGCGACAAUUGUGCACAUGGCGGAAUCCGAUCUUUUAA